UCUUCUAAGCCUUACUAACUUUGAUCCACUCAAGAGAAUUUUUUAUUUUAAAGAUAGUUGGUUAUAGGCUAGAAUUUACGGUCGUGGUAGUAGAAAAACCCCACGAUAUAAUUUAGUAAAGGAAUCUAAUGUCUACUAACGACAUAAAUAUUAUUUCUGGUGCCAUUAAACUGGAUUCGCCGGUAAAGGCCAAUUUUUUCGAGCAGACAUUCAAAGAAAAACAUCCUAAUGAGCAGAGCAGAAGGCAUUGACUUGGUUAAGAGAGAAUUUUAUAGAAAACAGAGGAUAUUCGCUCUCGAAGGAAAAGGAUUUAUAAGAAGCUGGGAAGAAAAACAAAGAGAAGGUCUUAAUGGGAUUGAUGGUGCCCUCUUUGUAAUUAAAAAGUACAAGUAUCGAGGUAAAAGACAACAAAGACGUAAGCAGUCAAAUUUUCGUGAAGAUCGUCGGCUAGCAAUAGCAAACAGUUUCAAAAAGAAAUAUUUUAAAAGGACCUGGGAAGUAAUAUACAACUCAGCUAACUCAAACCAGUCAGGGCCCCAUCGGCGGGACAUUCACAAGGAAUCAUCAGAGAAAAACAGUGAGAUCAAACAGCAGAAAGACUUUGCAGAGUCAACAACUUCAGAUGAUCAUCUAGCAGGGCCUAGUGGAGUAGACACUAGAGCAACAAAACCACGAGGAUUAAGCCCUCAUGAAUCUUACGAUUGUGAUCCUAACAACAAUAUUGAAAAUUCAUCUGAGGACUGUGAAGAGGAGUUAAAUGUUGAGGACAAUUCAGAGGACGAGGAUGAUGACAUUGAAGACUAUUUGGAAGAUGAUGAAGAUACAGAAGAGUAUGACGAACAGAUCUCAUCCAGAGAACCACCACCACCAGUCAUACAACGUGAGGAAUCCCAAACCCUAGAACCAGAACUUAACUUUGAGCCCUGUGAUCAAUUAAGUCAACCCCAGUCGGGUGAAAUCAGUACCGGUAAUCAAGUAUUUGAAAUCGAGAGUGAUAGUGUUCCACGAUUUUUUCAAUCAGAAAACGGAUUUCUAUUUCUUGAAAGCGAAAUAGAAAUGAUGGAAAACGCAGAAAAUUUCUUGAGGAUAGAAAUUUUCAGCGACCUUGAUUUUUAGUGUCUAAUUUGUGUGGAGUCCUCGUUUGUUAGUUUAAAAGACUAUGUGUUAUUUCAGUUUUCUACAUUCUUAUUGAUCUACUUUAUGAAUUAAAUAGACUAUACAUUAUUAAUACCUAUUGAGUAUAAGAGACAAAGUGUUAGUGUUUUUUAUAUGUUUUUUUGUUAAAAAGGAUAUGUAUGUUAAAUAUAUAUAAGUACAGUCGGCGUAUAUAUAUGAGACCAAGUGAAAUUUUGUAUUAACUUGUGAUACUUAUAUAGUAAACUUAUAUUUUAUACAACAUAUAAUCAAUUAUGGCUUAUAAACAUCGUCAAAUUUCCAAAUGCCGCGGAUGUACCGGAGGCGUAUUGAAAACUUACAUAUUGAAAAACGUCAAUCCAAAAAGUCUUUUAUUUCCGUUGUUGGAAGAUGAAAAUAACAAAGACAAGAGACUUAUAUGCCGCAGAUGCACAGGAAGCAUAUUUAAAAAUGUUAGUUCAAAAAGGCUUCUAUUUCCUUCUCUGAAAGAUGUCAAAAUCAAGGACAAGAGACUUUUAUAUAGUUCAAGAAUCGAACAACCACCUUUUUUCAAAUUUGGAAAGCCAAGUUUAGAUAAUUUUACCAAAGUGAAAAUUGCCAGUUCAAAGGUAGAUGUGAUUGAAAGCUACAAUACUUACAGGGGAGAUGUAGAAGGUAGCUGUGUUAGGGAAGUAGGGUCAGUAGUGUUGGCAAGUCAGUUAAGUGAUUGUUAUUCCCCCCAUAAGUACUGGUGCAAUAGUAAAGAAAAUUCAGAAAAAAAAUUAAUUGAAAAUCUUCAGAUAGCUCUUGUUGAGCAGUACAACUCCAACCUACAAGAACAGGAGCGAAAAAAAGAUAUUGUCAAAAAACAUGGUUUAUUCAAUCGAAAAGGAACUGCCACAUGGCUAUCGAGAUUGGAGACAUCAAUCGGCAAAAUUCAAACAAAAAGAAUAAUUCGGUUGAGUCCAUUAACAUCAUUUGAAGAAUUGGAAUCAUUGACAACAUCUUUUGAAUUGAUUAAUGAAAAAAGAGCCGAAGUAAAUAAACUAACCUUCUACCGCACCCAAAGAGGUAUAUCUCAUAAAUGGGAUUUGACAAUCUUUGAAGAUCAAAAAAUUAAAAGACAACAAAAUGGAGAAAUAUUUGAUGUUAGAAACAUAGCCUUGCCUGUAUCAGUGAAACGAAAAAAACCAGAAAUAGAUAUUUUUCAUCUCCCAAGAUUUAAAGAUUUAUCCCCAAAAGAAUCAGAACUCUGCUGUAAAAUCGGCCUGGAACCAGCCUUCUAUCUGGAUGUUAAAGAUUUUUUAAUAUCAGAUUGUAAAAAGAAUGAAGGACUUUUGUUAAAAAGAGCUAGAAAAUUAAUCAAAAUAGAUGUCAACAAGACAAGGAAAAUCUUUGAUUUUCUUUUGGAAGAAGGCUUUAUUUGGCUUCCAGGUGCAGGCCAUGGGGCUUAUUGAUGUUUUGGGCUAACCAAUUACUACAUAAUACCUGAAGACUGGCAAUUUUGUGAUAUUUACAUAGUCAUAAGUCUGUUUUGAUCUGUGUAAAUUGGGUCAAAAAUUUCCAAGCUGUGAUUUUUAUAUAUUUUUUUUUGCUCAAUUUUGUUAUUAAGAUGUGUGUGUUUGUUGUUCCAUUAUUGUAAUAUAUCAUAGUUUAUGCAUACAACUCAUUUGACAUCCAUCCAUUCUUAGAGAUACUUCCUCUAACUAUUCAGUAAUCUAACCAUUGCCCAAAGGGGAAUAAAUAAUAGCUUUUUUGUCAUGGUUGGAUAAACAAUUCAAAAUUCGAACCACAUUUUUAUGGUUAACUGUAAACUACAGAAGUAAAUUGAUGUUUUAAAAUCAUUUACCAUUGAUGUUUGAUUAACAAGGGCAGUUUUGCCCGUGGUAGAUCGCCAAACAACGUAAAAUAAAUAAGAGUUUGGGAUGGUUGGAACGUAUUUGGGAUUUCUUAUCAUCAUUUUACAUUUUAUAUAUCUAACUAUUAGUUUUAUAUGCAUAAACUAUACAUAAGUUAUAUUAAAAUCUUAUAUACCGUAUCGUAUAUAUAUUUUUAUCAUUGUAUAGUGUUAUGAAAGUACUACCUCAUGUUUACCUCCAGGCUGUUUACAUAAUUAGGUGUAUUGUUGUAUUAAAGACUAGAGUUUUUAGUUAGGUACCUAAUAGCCCUUUUAUGUGUAAAAGAAACAUCAUUUUUAAGCAACUACUCUCAAUUGAUCAACUACAACUUUUAGACAAUAAUAGAAUCAAGAAUCAAGAAUCAAGAUCUUUAUUGUCAUUGACCUUUUACAAGGAAUAGACAUAGUCAACAAUAAAUAAAAACUAAAGCUAUAAAAUACAGUGGGUUCUAAAUUAAAAAUUAAUAUUAACAUCAGAAACUAAGUACUCUGUUAUACAGUAAAAUGGAUUUUGGAUGAGCCACUCAAACAUUUUAGACUUAAACCUAUUAAAAGGAACCUGUUUUGCUGUCAGACCUAAUUUAUUAAAAAACCGUAUGCAAUUUAUUUUAUGGCAGUUAUCUGUUUUGGCCAAUCUAUGUGCAGGGAUAUCUAGAUUGGAUUUGCCUCUUGUAUUGUAAGAGUGUAUACUCUCUCUACAAGUGAAUUGAUGAAGAUUGGCUUUAGUGUAGAGGAGUAUGUGAAAAAUAUACAAAUUUACAACGGUCAUAAUUUUAAGGUCUAUAAAAAGAAGUCGACAGCUAUCCACAGGGCCAGCCCCACAAAUUGUUCGUAUGACUUUUUUUUGUAAUAAAAGAAUUUCAUGGGUGUGGGGGGAGUGUCCCCAUAGUAUAAUCCCGUAAGAAAUAUGAGAUUGAAAAAAACCAAAAUAAGUAAUCCGAAGGUAUUCAUUACUAACAAAAUCUCUGAGUUUCCAAAUUAGAUAAUUUACUCUGGAAAUUUGUUUACAAGUUAUUUCUAUGUGCUCUUGCCAAUUUAAUUUUGAAUCAAUUUGGAAGCCUAAUAAUUUUACAGAUUUUAAUUCAUUGUCAAGUGGGGAUAGACUCAAAAUAAUUUUCUGUGUUUUUUCUU